GCGGGGGCACCACGCAGGGCUGGGCGGCCCGCCCCGGGCAGGCGGCGCUGGAGAUGGAGGCGCUGGGGGCCACAGGUUAUAUACCAUAAAAGAGUUCAUGAAUCAGAAUACUUUGGAGAGGAUAUUAUUACAUCAUAAAUCAUGAACACCAAUGAUUUUAUAGUUCUUCCGUGGGGAAAAACUGGAAACUCUGUAAAACUAAAAACCAAGAAUGUGCGAGAAUUGCGGGUGGAGAAAGUACAGUUAGAGCUGGAAACCCAAGAGAUGGAGAAGAAACUCCAACAAUUACAAUCAAGCAUGAGCCGGGAGAAAGAAGAAAGAGAAAGGUCAAAUGGCUAUCACUGGAAAUCUGGACAGCCGGGUAAAUUGGGUAAUCAGUCACAAAUGAUGUCACAAAAUAAAGACAAUGUUGUUAAGAUAUCUCCAGGAAAAGUGAAAUUAAAAAUCCUGAAGGAUGAAGUUCAAGAAGCAGUAAAACAAUCACUUAAUUAUAAAGUGACAAACAUUUCUACCCAGGAGAAAACAAAAGGAAAGGGGAAGGUGUGUGGACAGUGUGAGAACAAAUUUGCAUUGCUAGUUUGCCUUGAAUGUGGAGAAAAUUAUUGUUCAUCCUGCUUUGCUAGAAUCCAUCAGAAGGGGGCACUAAAGCGCCAUAGAACGACUCUUUCACAGACAAGAGCCCAAGUUUUAUCCAGACUGGAUGUUGCCCAUCGAUUUCUAAAGGAAAUUUAUCCUGAUGAAUCUCAAGAGGAGCAGAAUUUGAAAAAUGAAAUUAAAAAAGAUGGAAAUGCCUCAAAAACUCAGUCUCUUCAGGUCAGUGACUCUGAGGUUGAUUCUACACCAUCAAAAAAGACUGAACUGACAAAUCAGACUGGGGGGCUCCUGCUUCAAGGUUCAUUUGAUGAGGAUGAGUCUGCUAGAUCAUUUCAAGAAAUUUUAAUUCGGUGGAGAAAUGGCAGUCAUGUAAACAAAGAGAAACAUAUUCAAAAGAAUGCCGAAACUUCUCCAGAGCAAGUGGAAGCAUCUGAGGUACAGACAAAUCUUAAAAUUUGGAGAGAACCACUUCAAAUUGAAUUUAAAGACGACAGCCUGACUUAUGUGGAACGACUAUGGCUUAAGAAGCAUAGAAGGACCCCUCUUCAUUGUGCAAAGAAUGUGUCACUGAAGAAAGAGCCUAGUCCUUCCGUACUCGUUAGUGAGCCACUUACUCCUUUAGCAGCUUCUGCUGAAGACACGACACUAAGUGAAAAAGACUAUGAUAUUGAAGUCGAAGAUCUGAAAGAAAGUUAUCCAGAUCCUUUCCUACCACAACAACCUGAAUUAGUGAACCUUGAGUCAUCGGUGAGGAUAGUGGAACUCGAUGAUAAUUAUGAAGAGGAAUCUGGAGGCUCAGGGGAUUUUGUGCCUUACAAAGUUGAAUUGGCUGACACUGAUAGUCAACAAAGUUGGACAGUUCAUCAAUAUCAGAAUAAUAAUUACUUUGGAAAAGACUUACCCCUUUCACUGAUGAAGACCACUGACGCUGUGAGGCAGGAUGGACAUUCAACUAACGAUAAAGACCUGUUUUCUCAGUGCAGCAGAAUAAUCUCUUCAGCCUCCAGAGAGACUUUGAAAGUUUCAUCAUCAAGAAGCUCCACUUCAGAUUCUCCUCAAAUAACAGAAAGAGGGUCAACUGUUUCUAGUGAAAAAAUUGUAACAAAAAAGAAAAGCGUUUUAUUGGAAAAUAGAAAACCUGAUGAGGAAAUCCAUGCUUCACAUGAAAGGACCUCUUACCACUAUAAUGUGGUUUUAAGGGAUUCCCAUGGUGACGAAUUGACAUACAACUGCAAAAGUUCCCUGGAAGGGAAAAGUCUUCAUGAGAACAAUAACUCACAGCAAUCUAUGAAGUCUUCCAAGUUACAAAAAAUUGCCCUCAGAAGUAAGCCCGUAACUGAACAAUAUCAAGGACUUGAGAAAUUCUUUGUCUUUGGGAAAAACCCUUUUAAGGAAAAGUGCAGAAUAAACCUGGCAAGGAGGUCAGAGAUGAACCUUUCCAACAGCAGGAUUACUCUCAUAGGAAAUCGACAGUGGAUAUCUGAGAGUAGUUUAAGUGAACAUGCUGAUGAUUCAGUAGUUCAAGAUGUUGUUUGGAAUAACCAGAAAAAAGUAUCAGGUGUGCUGCAUCCUCAAAGGGGGUGUAUUUCCAAGAGACCACUCUCAGCAAAUAUACCAAUUUGUAAAGACCUUCUUAAUGGUUCCCGGAGCCAUGUGUCUCUGUACCAACGACCAAGAAGUGCAAUUUCUAGGCCAACAUCCAGAGCUAUUUCAGAAAUUUCAGAAAUUGAAUACCUUGAUGUAACUGACCAAAAUGAACCAUUCCUUGAAGAUGCUGCCGAUCAUCAAACAUUAGACAGUUUGGAAAGAGAAUUAAAUACAAUGAAGAAUCUUUCAGAUGCUCCAGAAAGACCUUACAGCUUAAACUCUGAAAAGUUAUCGGGCAUCAACAGACAUUCAGAGAAGAUAAGUAAAACUAAGACAGAAGUCCCAAUGAUAUCAGGACUAAGGGACUCCAGUAGACUUGACAUUUCAAGCUUGGAUGCUGAAGUUUACGGUCUGUUAUUGUCGUCGGAAAGCAGCAUAGAGGAUGAAGAAGAGAACUCUCUGGAAAAGCUACAAGUCAUUGCCCUCCACUGACCAAGAAGAAGAAGAGACUGAUCAGUUCCUUAUGUUUAACUUUUGUGUUCACAGAUGAAAACAAAUAUAAGACAAGAUUUAACCAAAUGAACCUACAUACUGGUCUUAGCUGACGAAAAAAUGGAUUAUUGAGAUCUCAUUUCAAAGCCUGCAUAUUAAUGAAAGUUGCUGAAAUUGUUAUAACUUUAAGAUAUAUUUCUUUUGAAGGAUCAACGAUCUUAGUAGUAGUAGCAGUGCCAUUAAUAACAGCACAUUGAGAUAGCGCUCUAAGGGUUUACAAGAAAUAUUUCCAAAUAUACCUUGUUUCUCAGAUCUCAUUAACAAGAUCUGGGUUAGGAAGAAAACAUGGUUGUGAAUUGAAUGCCCAAGGAAACCAUAUACGUCAAAACAGAAUGGAGCAUUUCAAUAAAGAAUUUGUUAUUGAAAGACAUUUUUAAGCAUUGAGUGACAUUGUCACUUCAAAAGAGACUAAUUUGACUCAAACACAGCAAUUUACCUACUUCAGUUGAAUUCAUGGUUAAUGAAGAGAAGCUGUGUCUUUCUAUUCAUAAAACAACACAAAGCAAAACCUAGCUUUUAUUUUUAGGAGUUCUCAUAGCUUCAGAGAGGUCUUGUGCUUGUAUGAGACUUCUGGUACACCCCCUCCCCCCAAGUCUUAUAGCUAAGGAGGCUGAGGUCAUGAACUUGAAGUGACUUUUCCCAGAUUACACAAUAGUAAAUAAUGAGUGAAAUUAAAGCCCAGCUGACUCCAAUUUAAAUGCUUUUUCUAUAGUAACAUAUGGUUAGGAGAGCAAAGAAGAUUCAAAACAUUUCUUUGAAGUUGAUGUAACAGAUAUCACUUUAAACUUUUUGCUUAACUUUUUAAAAAAUAAAACAAAAUCUACAAUGUGUAUGAUAAUGAGCUUGGUUUCAACUCUUAAAAAUAUGCUUGAAUGUAUUAUUAAAGGAAUGGUUAGUUAACAACUAGAAAAGGAAGUAGUAACGGUACAGCUCCAGGAUGGUUCCAACAGGCUCAGGUUAUGCCAGACUGUACUUAUGUCUUUUUUUUCAAACUGAUGGGUUAGGGGAAUGCUGAAGAUUCAUUUUACUUAAAUUUUGGCAGAACAUUUAACUAAGUUUCUUUUUUAUGCUUUUGUAAGACAGAUACAGCAGUAUGAAAUGAAAUGAUAGUACAGUUUGGCGUAUUUAAUUUUUUGAAUGGUCAACACACAGAGUAGUCAUUGAUGUUUAAUGUCAACUUGUAAGGAGAUCUACUUUAGUCCUAUAGACCUAUGCUUUGCCCAGUGCUAUUUAUUUUUUUUUCAAUCUCGAGAUGGUCACACACUCCCUCACAUUUAAUAUAUAUUAUAUACUUUCAGAUCUUUCUCAUUUAAUUGUCAUAGCAAAUAUUUAUCAACUUUGGUAUUUGAAUGCCCACUGUCUAGCAUAGUACUUGACACAAUGAAAUUUUGUAAAGUACUUUUUGAACGUACUUAAUGAAGUUAUGUUCACGAAUUGAAUGAUUUGAAAAUUUGGUAUAUAGUAACACAUAUAAAUGAUAACUAUCUAAUAUGAUAUUCCUAGAUUCUUAUAAACCAAAUAUGUAUAUAUACACAUACAUAAUAUUCAGCCUCAGAGAGGGAAGCACUAUAGACUUAGGCAAAGAUCUCCUAUAGAAAAUGGGAUUUGAACCAAGUCUUGAAGGAAAUCAGGGAAAGUAAGAGGCAGAAUUGAGGGGGAAGACAUUCUAGGUUUGGAAACAAUCCUUCUAAAGACCUGGAGACAGGAGAUGGAAUGUCACGUGUAAAGAAUGGAAUGUAGGCCAAUAGAGCUGGAUCAUAGAGAGUAUGGGAGUGGGUGGGGGAGUAAAAUGUGAAAAAGACUUUAAAUGUAGGAAGGGGACAAGUUAUGGAGUUCUUUAAAUUCUGAACAGAGGAAAUACACACACAUAUGAUCUUGGGGGUGAUGGAGAGCUAGUGGAGUUCAUUAGAUAGUAUAUUUCUAUACUUUCAAAAAAUUCAUUGGCAGAUAAAUGGACAUGGACUGGCGAGUAGAGAGAAAUGAUGCAAGAAGAACAGCCAGAAAGUUAUAAUAGUACAGGUGAAAUGUAAUACAUUUGUGACUGCAUGUGUGGAGAGGAGGGAACAUAUACAAGAGAUAUUUGAAAAUGGAUGGAUUAUGGAGAAGUGAAAAUGAGGAGUUGUGGGUAACUGGAAAGUUGUUGGUGCCCUUAUUUGUAACAAGUUCAGAAAAAGAGAAGGUUGGGAUAGGGGAAAGAAUCUUAUGAAUUCUAUUUUGGGCAUGUCAGAUUUCAGGGCCUACAGGGUAUCCAGUUCAAGAUAUCCAAAAUGCAAUUCUUGAUGCAUGACUAGCUCAUUAGAGAGACAAAGACUUUAUACAUACAUCUAGGAAUCAUCUGCAAAGAGGGGAUAAUUGAACUCAUGGGAACUUGUUCACCAAGAGAGAGAGUGUAGAGUGAAAAGCAAAGGCAGAGCCUUGGGGGAACACCCAUGGUUAGUGGAUGAAGUGUCAGAAAAGUAGACUGAAAAGAAGAUAUUAGACAGGUAGGCAGAGACUUGAGUACAGAAACCUAGAGAGUAGAACUUAUUCAGGAGGAGAUGCUCAGUAGGAUCAAUAGCUGUGCAGAGAUCAAGAAUGCUGAGGAUCUUAUUAAAGAACCUUAGAUUGUGAAAUUCCAGAGGCUUACUACUGUACUAGCAGACUUUUGUGACUACCACUCCAUUGCUUCCAAAGCACUUACUGGGUAAAAAUUCAUCUAAGUUUUGCUUGUAUGCUUGCUUGGAGCUGUUAUGUAAAGGAAUUUUUGACAUUAAACUUGGAAAUUA